AUGUCAGGUGUUGGGGUAAUUUUGAAAGCGGUUGGUGAUUUUGGGCCAUUUCAGAAAUGGCUGGUUCUGCUCACCUUGUUUCCCUGCCUCAGUGUGGCUUUCCACCAGUUUUGCCAACUCUUUAUGGUUCCACACAUGCCUCAUCACUGUGACACCAGCUGGAUCCGUGCCAUCGGCCCCAACCUGACUGAAGAAGAGCAGCUGAACCUCACCCUGCCCCGGGAUGCAGACGGGGCGUACGAGCAGUGCUCCAUGUACUCACCAGUGGACUGGGACCUCAGCUCCAUUGUGGCGUACGGCCUGAACGCCACAGAGAAGUGCAGCAGUGGCUGGGUGUCCCCCUCAGCACAACCGCCGUCCCUGCUGACCGAGUUUGACCUGGUGUGUGACAGGAAGGACCUGAACGACAUCUCCCAGUCUAUCUACAUGCUGGGGCUCUUCCUAGGAUCCAUGAUCUUUGGGCCACUAAGUGACAGGAUUGGACGCCGGCCUGUCAUUCUGAUCUCCAUCUUCCUCCAGGGCUUGUUUGGUGUAGGAAUUGCCUUCGUGCCCCAUUUCUAUGUGUACAUGGCCUUUAGAUGUGUUGUGGGGGCUUCGGUGUCAGGGGUCACCAUGACGAUACUGGCCUUAGCUACAGAAUGGGUUGGUGUCUCUUCUCGGCCAAAGGCAGUGCUUAUUUCUCACUGCUGUUUCGCCAUUGGACAGAUGCUUUUGGCUGGCUUGAGUUAUGGUAUUCGCAACUGGAGGCUGUUGGAGAUUGCAGGAUCUGCUCCUGUAUUUGCCUUUUUCUUCUACAUCCA